GGGCCAGUGCGGGAACCAGGUGGGCUGCCGCUUCUGGGACCUGGCGCUGCGGGAGCACGCGGCCGUUAACAAGAAGGGAAUUUAUGAUGAAGCAUUAAGCAGUUUCUUUAGGAACGUGGAUACCAGGUUGGCUGCAAUAUAAACAUCCCUUUUCCGUAUGUAAGGAGGAAGGACUCAUCUUACUGAAUACCGUAGAAGUUUCAAGGAAGGUUCCCCUAGCAGGGAGAGAGAAGACUAAAUGUUCAAAUUUCAUCUUUUCCAGCAGCUGUUCGUAUUCAUAUUGAAACAAUUCCCAUUUUUGGGUGUAGCCUUGAACCAGAAUUUAAAGGAGAAUAGUUUUAAUAGUGUCUUGCUCAGGUUACGGGGUUUUGGUCUUUUGCUGUUGUGGUGGGUUUUGUUUUAACUUUUUCAAAAAGGACUAGUUCAUCUUGAAGGUCAUUGCAGGCAUAUAACUUAUGUCAUAAAAUGAGACUUCAGUCUUGUACGCUAUGCCAUACUGCUUUUCAAAAUAAUCCAGAUGGGUUAUCCAGUCUGAAACAGCUAUAAACAACAUUCUUGCAGACCAGAGAGGCUCUUUUCUCAUACAGUGAUUAAUAAACUGUAUAACACUGAGAAUAUGUUUAUGUUCAUUCUUUUAUGAUGUAUCUACGGAGGAAUUAACAAUUAAUCCCAUCACUGAAAUAAUUAACGAGGGACCUGAACAUCCACACUUUUAAUCCUGCUGCUGAUUUCAGUUGGGAGGUAUUUCAGCUGCAAAUGAGCUCUUUAGUGGAAGGACAGUUUUAUCUGUUUCUUAAAGUAAAAAAUGCAUUUAUGUCUGUAGUCUUGGACAGAAUGGGCACUUAAUUGAUGGCUAAAAUGACUUCUUUUCACACUUCAGUCACUGCACUAUGCAUUUCUCUCUCCUUCCUUUCCUUUCCCAUCAGAAAAUAUAAAUUACAGACUCUUCAGCUGGCAGCCUGAUUUGUUGGUACAUGUUGUAGAGGUGUGUGCUUUUUGAGCUUAAAAGCUUAUUGCUUCAAUCUGUAAGAGUUAUCAACCCGGUGAUCAUUACUCUUACAGAUGCUCCACAUGGGCCUGUUUGAAGAUUGAAAAGUUAUGCUUCCUGUGUACAAUAAGCAUCUAGAACUGCUCAUGUGCUGCAGGAACAUACAUCUUAGAUGCUGCUGCUAGUAUCAGUUUUCUAGAAACCAGAGAUUACAGCAUUCAAGAAAGAGAAAGCCUGAAAGCCUUUUCUAAUAAUACCAGAAGGCCACCUUGCUCCAAUAGAUUUGAAAGCAAAAUAUUUUACGCUAACUCCAUCAAGCUGGUUGUAUAACGAUAGCUAUUAAAAGCAACUUAGAGAUCAGGCAAAAUAAUUUCCCAAAUGCAUAGUGAGUUUGUGUGCAAUGAUCAAGUGUGCUGAUGAGUCCAUCUCUGGUAAAAUUGUAUAAAACAGUUUUCAUAUAUGAGCUUUCUUGUUGUAGUAAACUUAGCUAUUCAAAACACGUAAAACAAUUACUAAAUAUAAAAGAAGUUGUCAUCCCGUAAGAUCAUGCAUGUUGCAUUACAAACCGCAAAGACUGGUAGUCAUAGGCAACUUGGAAACAAGUGUAUGGUUUUAUAGGCAGAAAUGCAUGUUUUAAAUACAUUUUUAACAAUUUGACCAGUUUAUAAAAAGCAUAACAUUGUAAAAAUAACAUAAUAUUAUAAAAACAUAUACUGCAUAAAAUAAAAAAAAACUUCACACAUCUUAAGUCAUAUACAGGCACACACAUUCACACAAACACACUCCAUUUGUCAAAAAUAAAACAAGUAAGCGUAUCUAAGAGAGAUGUAGGGAUUGUAGAGAAUUUAGGUUUUUUCUCCAAGCAAUUGAAUCAGAGUAAGUUUUUGAAAUCACAGGCUAUCGUGGAAGACCACAAAGACAAUAGUUGCAGAAAGGUAGAUAUUUUUUUCCCCUCUUUGUUGAGUUUGUUAGUCCUUGAAGAGAAAUAGAACUUCUCUAACUGGAUUGGCUGAUGCUGUGGUGGACUUUCAUAAGGAGUUGCAUAGGCUAGAGUAAUCAGCGUGAAUACUGGUGGCUGCUAUGAGCUGCUCAGCUGAUGGAAGGUGUUUGGAGAGCUGCUAGGAGUGAGAAGGUAGAAACUCCUUGAGGAUUCCAGUGCAGUCCCAUACUGUCUCUUUUCCGCUUGUUCCUGCUGGGACUGAGAGCACUGUAGGGAAUUUCACCUGAUGUUUUGAAAAGUUUGUGUGGUUGAAUGUAAAGCAGUCUAAGAAAUACUUCAAAUUUGAGUGAUCUGAGGAUUGACCUGCACCCAAAUUAGAAGUGGUGAAGAUGGUCGUGAUAUUUCCAAAGGAAAAAUAUGCUCUUUAAAAGCACGAGUAAGGCAAUCUAUAAAGGUCAUUCCUUUACAUCACAUAUUUAUGUCUGACACUGUGGGAAUUUUCAUAAAGUUCUUAUAAAUGAACAUAUUUUCAAAAGGCACUUUUGAUUGACAUGGAGGAGGGUGUGGUAAAUGAAAUUCUGCAGGGGCCAUUGAGAGAUGUGUUUGAUAGCAGGCAGCUUAUCACAGAUGUUUCUGGAUCAGGAAACAACUGGGCUGUAGGUCACAAGCUAUAUGGCUGUCAGUACCAGGAAAACAUUGUGGAAAAGCUGAGGAAAACUGCAGAACAUUGUGACUGUCUACAGUGCUUUUUUAUAAUUCAUUCUAUGGGAGGUGGGACAGGAUCUGGUCUUGGAACUUUUGUACUGAAUUUGCUUGAGGAUGAAUUCCCAGAAGUAUAUAGAUUUGUUACUUCAGUUUAUCCCUCUGGUGAAGAUGAUGUUAUUACUUCUCCAUAUAAUAGUGUUCUGGCUAUGAAGGAGCUUAAUGAGCAUGCAGACUGUGUGCUACCAAUAGAGAAUGAAUCUUUGUUUGAUAUAGUUAAUAAAAUUCAUCAGAUGGUCAAUUCUGGAAAGCUAGGAUCAAUUGUGAAACAAAACAGCUUGGUAACAUCAAGUGCAGGGAGUACCAAAACCGUACAGGAGAAGCCAUUUGAUGCCAUGAAUAAUAUCAUAGCCAACUUGCUGCUGAACCUGACAAGCUCUGCUAGGUUUGAGGGUUCACUUAACAUGGAUCUUAAUGAAAUCAGCAUGAAUUUGGUUCCCUUUCCUCGACUUCAUUACUUGGUUUCAAGCUUGACUCCUCUGUAUACUUUGACUGAUGUUAAUGUACCUUCUAGAAGGUUGGAUCAGAUGUUUUCAGAUGCUUUUAGCAGAGAUCAUCAGCUAAUUCAAGCAGAUCCAAAGCAUAGUCUUUACCUUGCCUGUGCACUUCUUGUUCGAGGAAAUGUGCAGGUUUCAGACCUUCGCAGAAAUAUUGAAAGGUUGAAGCCUUCCCUGCACUUUGUCUCCUGGAAUCAAGAGGGGUGGAAAACUGGCUUGUGUUCGGUACCUCCCGUGGGCCAUUCCCACUCGCUUCUGGCUUUAGCAAACAACACCUGUGUGAAACCAACUUUUAUGGAACUCAAAGAGAGAUUCAUGAAGCUCUACAAGAAAAAGGCUCAUCUUCACCAUUAUCUGCAUAUAGAUGGAAUGGAGCAAAGCUGUUUUUCUGAAGCUAUAUCAUCUUUGUCUGACCUAAUAGAAGAGUAUAAUGAACUGGAUGCCACAAAAGGUGGGCCUAGAAUAGAUCCAUCAAGACUGAAGAUAGCUGUGUAAAGAAGGAAGAAUUGUUAUUUUGCUUUUUUUUUUUUCCCCCAAGCAUUCCAACCACUUCAGUUAAGCAGAAUGACUUGCAGAGUGCCUACAUCUUGUCAUUCAAAAAUGAGACUGGGACAACUGCCUCCUAAGCUCUCUGUAUGAAUCCUGUAAGAAAGAUUUUAAAGUGUGUUGCUCUCCAGUACCUAAUUGUGGAGGAACUCAGUAGAGAGGCGUCAUACUAACUGUAGAGCUGACAUACCACAUGCUGUAAGGAGAAGAAAGGAAUGUUGUAGCAGCCCAAAAUGCAGUUCUCAGUCUUCUCAGACUUUGAGCUUAAAGUAAACUAAAGGCAGGCCCUGCUUCAAAGAAGGAUCACCACUACUAGUUUAUUAAUUUUUUUAACAAGUUACUAUGAAGAGAAGGAGAACCCAUAUGCUGUUUUCAAAGAUGAAAGCAAACCUCUAAUAAAACUGGUUUCUUAAAUUUUGCAGCAUACUAGGUGUCAUUUCAGAAUGCUGUAAACAGUGUUUGUAGUUUAUAUUUUUGCUUCCUAUUGUACUUAGCUACAAUUAGCUGUAUUAGAGCAUUCUCAGUUGAGAUUAAAAGUGUCAAUAUCAGAGAAUUCAAGAAAAUACAUUUUCUUUCAAGUAUUAUAAUUGUAGUAUUAAUUAACUUGUUUUUUUAAUGAUACAUGUUCAUGAAAGCUGAGUUGCACUUGAUAAUGAAUUAAUACACUAUACCUCUGAGUGAAACAAGCACUUAUAAUGAAGACUGUUUGGAGAAUGAAGGUUAUAUACUUAAAAGAAUGCAAGUUAAAUAGAUGUUUUAAUAUAUAUAAUUAUUAGAGUAAGUUGACUUUUGUAUUACGAUAAGAACUUUUACAAAAUAAAAUGUGCAUCUAUUUCCA